ACUUCUGGCCAAUUGUAAUUGCUGUUUUAUAUUUGAUUUCAGUCGCCAUUUUGUUAGAUGGACAUACUGUCCUCCUAAUUGAAAGCGAUUUGUUUUGAAAACGAUUUAUUUAGGCCAACCAGUGUCAUCCAGCAAUGUGCAAUUCUUUGGUUCAAUGAACUAGAGCGACUUUAUACAAUCUUUGUAUACCGGUAAGAUGGAUACAGUACCAGCAGUACCACUCAUCUUAAUUCCUGUAUAAGUAAAACCAACAAAUGAAGUGAUGACGCAAUCACCAUGACAACACCGAGGUCCAAUCACACUGGCAGAACACUGGGGAAUGUUCGAGUUGGCAACAAAUCAACGAUCUUCCCACCACUUGCAAAGACUCUCAGUGAUUCUAAUAAGGCUUUCUUCCAAGAGCAUCGUCUUAUGAUCCAUGGUGAUGCACUAUCUACCCCUUCCAAAUCACCAGUAAAAGAGGAAUUGAUAUCCCCAAGGUCAGUGACCUCAUCGCGACCCCUGACCUCUAGAUCUGAUCCCAGCAGCAGGGCCCAAGAGGAGAUGAAAGACCUCCAUACACGUGACAAGCAGCAUCGGAAUCGCAUCCAAUCCCUACAGAAGGUGAUUGAUCAGCUUAAGGCUGAGCUUAAAGUCAAGGCAGAAGAGCUUACUCAAGUGCAGGCACGCCUACUACAAAUUGAAGAACAUUAUAAACGUUUGUAUGAAGAAGAAAAGCAAGCACACAGUAAGACGAAGGAGGAACUGAGUAAUACAAGAGAUGAACUGAGGGAGAAAACCAUCUAUGCUGAGCAGUUGAAGACACAGCAUGAACGACAGCUUGUUGAUAUCAAAUCUAUGCAUGAACAAAACAUGUCAUCACUUCGAGUUGAGAAAGACAAAGAAAUCAGCGAGCGUGAGGCAAGAAUAGAGAAGAUGAAGAAACAAAUGGGUGACAUCUUGAGAGAUAAUUCAUGGGAGCGUCAGCAACAACUUGAGGAGUUGAGUAAAGAGUUAACCAAAGUAUCUGAUGAAGCUUCAGAAUUGAGAAUCAAGUAUAAGAACGCUUCUUCCAAAUCACAGUCUUGUCAAAACUGCAGCCUUAUGAAAGCAGACCUUGAGAAGAAGACUAAGAAGUUAUCAGAUAGGGAGGUCACUAUACAACAACUCAACACAAUCUGUAAGAAAUUUGAAACACAACUAAAGCAACAGGAUAUACUCUUGAAGGAUUUUGCUGUUAGUAAAGGGUACAAGCCAGACAACGAUCUAAGAAAAUGAAUAUGUGAUGGAGUCUAUAUGGACACAAAGCAUAAUAUUAGACCUUGGGCAACUGCGUCUCAGAUCACCAAUACUUGCAAUACAUUUUUAUUGGUGUGACUGCUAGGGGAAUGAACAAACAACUUCUGAUAAACGCCAUCUUUACGGACAACCUGAGUUUCACCACUGAUCUCUAUUCUAUUGACUGGAUGGGACAUGUUGAGCGCAUUGUACACGUUUGAUGAUUAAUGUUGCGACACACUGUGUACUCGUUCAAGAUGGACUCUGCAUACCACAAGCAAGUCAGAUCAUUCGCUCGGCCCCAGCGGCCAGUCUAUCCAGGACUACUGGGAUGGGCUAAUCAGCGUGCACAGAUUCUUGUUCAGGAAGUACGUCAUGCGUACAGUGUGAGUGUGAUGUGAGUGUGAUGCAAGAUGGGACUGAGCAUUAACCAAUGAGCAUGCUUGAUACGUUUGCCCAUCCCAACGCUUUGGUUAAGGCAAGGCGCUGGGGUUGAGCGAAGUCCGAACGUCAAUGUUGGUCCAUGGUCUAUGCUGUAAUUGUGCACGGUCUAAAUCAGCAGAUGGACAUUUCCAGUAUUCAGGAUUUGUUUUAUGAAACUUUUUAAGUUGCUAAAUUAUUGAAGGUGACCUUAAUGGUGCUUUAGGAUGGUUAUGAAAAGAAUAGCUCAUGUACAUUAUAAGAGAAUGUGUGUGUGUUCAUGAUUGCCGUGUAUCACAGUGUCUCCUGUAGUUAGUACCCCCAUUGCUACAUUCACAAACAACUGUAAAAGUCAUUGUGUCAGUGCAACAAGGUCGUGUUUACUUGAAAAGCAAGUUUUAGAAUGUCAAAACGUUAUAUCUCAUUUAAAGGGAAGGUACACAUUUGGUAAUUACUCAGAACAAUUAUUAACUUAAAAACUGACUUGG